AUGAUCAUGGUGAGAAGAUAUAUCGACAAGGCUCUUGAAAUCGAGGACUUCCUUCAAUACAAACUCAAAGCGGAACUCGACAAUCGCAGCUAUGCGUAUUCCGACUUUUGCGGAACCCAAUGCGAGACCUCCGACGCUGUUAAUAUCUUCUUGACGAUGUUUCGCGAUCAGCAAGUGAACAAGACGGCCCAUGUGAAGCUCACCUAUCCGUCGAUGGACGUGUUCGGCCAUCGCAUCUAUCUCGCCAACAACAUCUUCCAAGUGCAAGUCAACAAUCGGUCGAGUAUUGUCGAGGGCUCGAAAUUGGUGGCGAUCAAUUUUCAUGCGAUUUACAACAACGACACAAUGUUCGAGAUAAUGAGACAGUGGGAGAAGAAGCUUUUCGAUUACUCGCUCACCACUAUCAAUGACCCCCUCAUUCGGGUUUAUGUGACCAGCGAGGGUUUGGUCUCCGAAGAAGUCCGACGCACUGGAAUUCUGGCGAUGCCAUUGAUGGGCGUCACGUUCUUGAUCAUUUUGGUGUUCACCGUGCUGACGACACUCAAAAAAGAUCCGGUGAUGUCGAAGCCAUUCGAAUCGUUCUUGGGAGUCAUCUGCCCACUUCUCUCACUUUGCGCCUCAUUUGGACACCUGUUUUGGAUGGGAUUCGAAUACCUUCCGAUUGUCACCGUCGUGCCAUUUUUAAUACUUUCGAUUGGUGUCGAUGACGUCUUCAUUUUUAUUCAUGCUUGGCAUCGAACUCCAACCAAACAUUCGGUUCGUGAUCGGAUGGCGGAGACAUUGGCAGAUGCGGGACCAUCGAUCUCAAUUACAUCGCUAACCAAUCUAUUGUCAUUCGGAAUCGGAAUUUUCACACCAACUCCAGCCAUUUAUACAUUCUGCGUGUUCAUCUCGACCGCCGUCGUCUACGACUACUUCUAUCAGAUCUUCUUCUUCUCGGCGGUGUUGGUGCUCGGCGGCGAGCGCGAAGAAAAACGCGUGAACGCCUAUUUCUGGUGGAAACGCGUGCCGUUGUCGGAGAGUUCGGCCAACGAGAAGCCCGGCAAAUUCAUGACGUUCGUCAACGAUGCGCUUCGCAAAAUUCUCGACGUCUGGGUAGAUGUGAUCAUGGCGAAAUGGAGUAAAUUGAUUGUGAGCGUCGUCAUGCUCACUUAUUGGGUGUUCAUGGUGCGCGGUGUGCUUCAAAUCGAAGUCGGCCUCUCGUCGGAGAAGCUUUUCCUCGACGAUUCCCCGCUUUUGCCGUUGGUGCGACUACAGACGAAUGUGAUCUUCAAGGAGGGCGGCCAGGUUGCGGUGUUCGUCAACAAUCCCGGCAAUAUGAGUCAGCCUGAAGCGGUUCCCGAGAUCAUGAGGAUAUUACGUCGCUUCGAGACCACUAAUAAUAGCGUGGGCGCUGCUAGCACACAUAUGUGGCUGCUGCCCUACCUACCAUACGUCGGCGAGCAAGAGCACGGCUCCAUCGAAUUCAAAUAUCGUUAUUUGCCCGAGUUUUUCAAGCUCAUGGAAUAUCGACGUUGGAGCCAUUUCGUGAAUCUCGGAAACCAUCAAGAUUGUCACGCCGAGAAGCCGUCGUGCCUUCAGAAGUUCGUGUUUUCCACCGGCUUUCACGACGCCGUCUCCUGGACGGAUCGUCUGGCGCUUCUUGAGAAUUGGCGUCAGAUGGCAUCAGAAUACCAACAUUUGAAUUUGACAAUCUACGAGGAUUUCAGCAUGUACUCCGAUCAGCUCCUCACCAUCGUGCCAGUCACCCAGUCCACAGUGCUCUGCGCUCUCUUCUGUAUGAUCCUCAUUCUCACACUGUUCACACCUUCACCUGUCACCAUUGUGACGUCGACAGCGGCAGUUCUCUCAAUCAACAUAGGAGUCUUCGGAUGCCUGGUGUACAUGAACAUCGACCUGGACCCAAUUUCGAUGACCACCCUUCUGAUGGCCAUCGGCUUCUCGGUGGACUUUGUCGCCCAUGUCACGUGGCACUAUUACAAAGGCGAAUUCCAGUCGAAACGCGCCCGCAUCCGACAUGCGCUCGCCGGAAUCGCGUGGCCGAUGUUCCAAGCCGGCACUUCAACAAUGAUGUCGAUAUCGGUUCUCGCGCUCGUUCACGCUUACAUGGUCCAAGUUUUCGUGAAGGUCGUCGUUCUCGUCAUCUUCCUCGGAAUGAUACACGGCCUUAUCGUGCUGCCGGUGGUGUUUGCCGCGUUGCCGUUCAACAAAACGACGGGUCCCAAGAAGAAGGAGAUCCACGCGAUCGAAUCUCACGAAGCUGGUCCGAUGCCAAAGAAAGAGGAGCCGCAACAACGAGAAUCGUCGCGCGCUUAG